UUCGAUAUCGAGUUGCAAAGACAUAUCAUUUAAAAUUUACAUAUUUUUAAGAUUUGUCCGUAAUUUGUUUAGAAACCUUCCCAAAAUUGAUUCAUCAACGCUUAGAAGUGUCGCGGAAGUAAGCAACGCUAAUAAAAGCGUUGGGGGAGAAAGCAACGCAAAUGAAAGCGUUUCCCAGAGCUCAAAACUAAAAGGCGCAAAAGAACCAAAAAGAUUUUACAAUCAGUUAAAGACUUGGUCACUAGGUUCCGAAGGUAAGGACGGUAGGAAAUAGAAAACUAUUUCUUGCAAUGUCGGAAACCAUGUCGGGCGAUCACCAAGUCUUGCUAAAAGGGCAUUCGUCCCAGUACUUGAAAUUAAAUGUUGGUGGUCGCUUGUAUUAUACCACAAUUGGAACACUAACUAAAAAUAAUGACACGAUGUUGAGCGCAAUGUUUAGUGGUAGGAUGGAGGUACUGACUGAUUCGGAAGGAUGGAUUUUAAUCGACCGAUGUGGAAAUCAUUUUGGUAUCAUACUCAAUUUUUUAAGAGAUGGCGCUGUUCCGCUGCCGGAAACUAACAAAGAAAUUGCGGAACUGCUUGCUGAGGCCAAAUACUACUGCAUCACGGAGCUGGCUAUGUCUUGUGAAAGGGCCCUAUAUGCUCACCAGGAACCCAAGCCAAUUUGUCGCAUUCCUUUAAUAACUUCGCAAAAGGAAGAACAACUUUUAAUUAGUGUAUCUUCAAAACCUGCUGUUAUUCUUGUGGUACAGCGCCAGAAUAACAAGUAUUCGUACACAAGUACUUCAGAUGACAACUUACUAAAAAAUAUUGAACUUUUCGAUAAAUUAUCGUUGCGCUUUAAUGAACGAAUUUUGUUCAUUAAAGACGUAAUUGGGCCAAGUGAAAUCUGCUGCUGGUCAUUUUACGGACACGGCAAAAAAGUAGCGGAAGUCUGUUGCACCUCAAUAGUUUAUGCAACCGAUAGAAAGCACACCAAAGUUGAAUUUCCGGAAGCUCGUAUAUACGAGGAAACUCUGCAGGUCCUACUUUAUGAAAACCGCAAUGCUCCCGACCAAGAACUCAUGCAGGCGACGUCUUCAGCACGAGUGGGAAGUGUUAGUGGCACCAGCAUGCAUCAGUAUACAAGCGACGAGGAGGAAGAACGCACUGGACUGGCGCGAUUACGAUCCAAUAAGCGUAAUAACCCAUCUUGAUUUAUGUAAAUGUUUUCGAUCACAUAGAUUUGAUUGUUUUUUAACCGGCCUAUAAAAGUAAACACUUAUUUUUACUUCAAAAUAAAAUGUACAAUAUUUACUAGAAA